GAUGGUGCGGCUACACUUGUGUGCGAUACACAGGUGAACUCGGCCGGCAUACAAGCGCUGAGUCAGUCCGCCUGGCCUGCCGUAAUCGCAAAAUGGGUUAUGUUCGAGCACAAGGUCUUCGCUUGAUGAUGACCUGGGCGCUUGGGGGACGAAUAGACAUGAGCCUAUCCAGCCGGGGAAUGGCUCGCUCGCCGCCAUGUGGGGCCACCGCGUCUGACGCAAAGGUGCCACCGAGUCCACGUCCGUCCGGCGUGGCAGGCCUUCCUCCUCAUUCCCAAAUUCUCCUCCAGCCGAGCGAGCGACAGCCUCGACAGCUAUGGAGGGGCACCACUACAACAAACCGCCCAGCAGCGACACAGACGACAACCAGAGCGUCGGCGAUGUCGUGCCCGAGAUGGCGCCGCACGUCGCCACCUACCGCCUGCCCCGCUUCAGCUCGCGCCGCCUCAGUUCCAGCAGCUCCAUGGGCGACUACGACCGCCUGCCGCGCACCAAGAGCAUGUUCCCGGAGCCGCAGCAGCUCACCAAGGACGACCUCACCAGCGCCGACGCGCUCAUGGCCGACGGCGUUUUCACCAUGAACUCCACACUCUCCGCCGUCAUCGAGAACGCGCUGGGCCACCCGAUCCCGGGCCUCGAAGUCCGCUUCCGCAACCUCGAGCUGUCGGCCGAGGUGCCGCAGAUCAAGGGCGGCGAGCUCGAAGUGCCGACGCUCGUCAACCAGGUGCAGCAAGGGCUCAGCAACCUCUGCUGCAGCUCCAACAACAUGACGGUGCAGAAGCAGAUCCUGCGCGGCGUCAGCGGCGUGUUCCGCCCCGGCCGCAUCACGCUCGUGCUGGGCCAGCCCGGCUCGGGCAAGUCCUCGCUCAUGAAGGUGCUGGGCAACCGCUUCCACAUGGACACCAACAUCUCGCUCGGCGGCGACAUCAGCUACAACGGCAAGGACCGCAGCGAGCUCCUCGACGUGCUGCCACGCUACGUGGCGUACGCCAACCAGAUCGACGACCACUACCCGCGCAUGACGGUGCAGGAGACGUUCGAGUUCGCGCACCGCUGCUGCGCCGGCACGGAGAUGGAGCCCUGGGCCAUGGAGGCCAUCAAGAACUGCUCGCCCGAGCACCACGCGCACGCCGUCGAGGUGCUGAACGCGCACCACAAAUUCGCCCCGGACCUGACGGUCAAGAAGCUCGGACUGGACAACUGCAAGGACACGGUCGUGGGCAACGCCAUGCUCCGAGGCGUGUCCGGCGGCGAGCGCAAGCGCGUCACGACGGGCGAGAUGAUGUUCGGCAUGAAGCGUCUGCAGCUGCUGGACGAGAUCAGCACGGGCCUCGACAGCGCCGCCACCUACGACAUCUGCAA